CUCCGCCCUUACCUUUAAAAGUGGACUCACCCGCGUCCUGCCUACGCCGUCGCUAGGGUUUUGUCACGCAGAGAAGAAGAGGAGGCGGAGUGCUAGCUUCAGGAUCCCCUUCGAUUCGUAGCCAGCAUGAGCCGAUCGGGGCAACCUCCGGAUCUCAAGAAGUACAUGGACAAGAAGCUACAAAUCAAGAUGAAUGCAAAUCGUGUUGUUAUUGGCACCCUCCGAGGAUUUGAUCAGUUCAUGAAUCUGGUGGUGGACAACACCGUGGAGGUCAAUGGAAACGAGAAGACCGAUAUUGGAAUGGUGGUUGUCAGGGGAAACAGUGUAGUCAUGAUUGAGGCACUGGAGCCGAUUGCCAAAUCGCAACAGUGAUUUCCAAGGCAGGCAUCUAUCUGGUAGUGUGAGAACUGAUGUACAUGCUGUUAUUUGCUCAUAUUGUAUCUUGACUAAUGUUUUCUUGGAAGUACUAUGAAUUGAAUGUGGUUCACCGACUUAUAUUUUAUUGCAAGCUCAUGAUCUUAUGUUUUUAUU